UAUCUAAGGCUGACCUUCGGGUAAGAAUCUUUGACUUGACCUGAAGGGUCUACUUGCCUGAUUUCUGCCAUUGAAUCAACGAAGAAAUAUGGCUGCAAUUAGUCGCUCAUUUCGGCCUGCUAGCAGACUGUUGUCCCGCACAGCACCCUUAAUAUCAUCAUCAUCUAGAGGAUAUGCCGAUGAAAUGUCAUUUACGUUCGCUGCAUCAAACCAGGUUUUUUAUGAAAAUGCGAGUGUACGUCAAGUAGAUGUGCCAUCAUUCAGUGGUACAUUUGGUAUUCUACCACGCCAUGUCCCUACUCUGGCUGUCCUGCAGCCAGGAAUUGUUACAGUUUUUGAAAAUGAUGGAAGUAGUAAAAAGAUAUUUGUCUCCAGUGGCACUAUAAGUAUUAAUGAGGAUUCAUCUGUUCAGGUCCUGGCAGAAGAGGCUCACCCAGUAGAGAAUUUGGACCCUAGUGCCAUUCGUGAUAUUGUAACGAAAGCACAGUCAGAACUAUCAGCAGCGGCAGAUGAUCGUGCCAAAGCAGAAGCAGCGAUUGCGGUUGAAGUUGCAGAAGCAUUGUCAAAGGCUGUCAGUUAGAUAUACAUGAAUGCAGUACAAAGGACUGUAGCUGAAUAUUAUUUGUUUAGGUUUCUUGUACAUGAAUCAGUGUAACAUUGUAUGUGGACGCCACAUGUACUUCCUGAAAAAUGUUAAUAAUAAAAAGUUGUCACUCUUGUCAA